AUGGCAGCCUCGGCUACUUCAGUGCCCGCGGCAGCGAGCUCAGCCAUAGCGUCGGCAGUCUCGAUCCUCACAGUUACGGUGAAGCCGUUGACAACUACCUUCACCCCGCCGGCAUCAUGUGGAGAGAUGCAACUCACCCAGCUAUCUUCGCCGGGAUAUCAGAUAUGGUUGAAUGAACCCCAGCCGGUGUAUAACGCCUCGAGUUCAAUUGCUCCCGUGUUCUCGCCAUUGGUUUGCCCCGAGGGCUGGACUACCGCGGGGACUUGGACAAGUGGAUAUAUUGCAUGUUGCACGUCUGGCUUUCAGCUCCAUCUCCCCGACACCACCGUAGAUGGGGACCGACCGGCGUACGGAGGAACCUGCUAUAGCAACUUUCAAUCCGGACAAACCGUUAAGGUGACGGCGUACGAUAGCGCUAGUGUUACGAGGGCGCUAGAUUGGACAGCCUCAGCUUCUACCGACCAAGCCUAUGCGCACCCCAUAGACGGCUUCCAAAUAACAUCGACCAAUGACUCACAUUCAGCUAAGCUCUCUGGUGGCGCAAUAGCUGGUAUUGUUGUCGGUAGUGUCGUGGGCCUCAUAGCUAUUCUAAUGGCUCUUUUAUUCCUGCUACGUCGAUAUCGCCAGAAGAAAAACCAACCCCCCUCUCUACAACCCCAGAUACAAGAAGAAUACCGACAAGAAUGGAACAAGGAUAUUCUAGUUUCCCCCGAAACCGACAACUCGCGGUCCCCGUAUGACUCGAGCAGCGGCAUAUACGGAAGUGGAACUCCUUCCUAUAAAAUAAACGAGCGAUAUGAACUUGACGGCCACCAACCCAGAGAACUUGACUCGGGAUGGAUAGGUCGUGAGCUUGAAGUACCCCCAGUACAUCGACAUGAAGAGGGACGCAGUCGGAAGCAGGUAGGGAGGGAGAGUGUAAUCAUAGAGAAUAUAUAG